AUGUACACACAUACAAAGGGGGAUGGCGGACUUGGAUUUGGAAUCAUGUCUUGCACAGUGCACCGAGACCUCACGAUCUGCGCGUCGAGUUCCUUUUUCGGCCGCAAAGGAAUCUCCCUCAUCCAGGAGGGAUUCAGUUCCUCCUGCUGCUCGCUGCUAUCAUCUCUACACCGUAAUCCGAAUAUCAUGAAACCAGCUGUCCUGAAGCGUGAUUCCUCCCGGGGGAUCCUCAAAUCCCUCCGUCAUGGACCAGAGAUUCUCUCGGCCCUACGGAAUGGCAGCCUUGGUUCCGCUCUCAAUGAGCGCUGGUCUCUGCUGGCGACCUCUGUACUUUCCCCUCCUUCUCAUGGAUUUAGACUUCAGGCGUGA